CUCUCCCAGUCUCACUGUGUGUGUGUGUUUGUUUAUGCGCGAAUUGGAGAGAGUCGUGCGCAUGCAUGUGUCCUGGCCAAAGCCUGAAUAAUUGAAGAACAUAGGAGGGAGUGAAAACACUGCCGGACGGGACAGAGUGUGUGGGAUUGUGCAGAGAUGGGGGAGAGGGAUACACUGAAGCAGCAGGAGCCUGGCUACGAUGGGCUCUGCAACUACGCCCAGAAAAUCACCUCCUGCUUCGGACUGGGUGUGGCUCAUACCCAGGACACACACCACCACUCCACAGAGAAGCCCCUCAUUCAAUGCUACAAGUGCGGGCAGCCAUGUAAGGGCGAGGUCCUCCGGGUGCAGAACAAGCACUUUCACCUCAAGUGUUUCACCUGCAAAGUGUGUGGUUGUGACCUCGCCCAAGGGGGCUUCUUCAUGAAGAAUGGGGAUUAUUUGUGCAUGCUUGACUACCAGCGCAUGCACGGCACCCGCUGCAAUGGGUGCGGGGACUUCGUUGAGGGAGAAGUUGUCACUGCCCUGGGAAAGACCUACCAUCCUGCCUGCUUCGUCUGCACAAUCUGCAAACGACCGUUCCCGGCUGGAGACAGGGUGACCUUCAACGGGAAGGACUGCCUCUGUCAGUACUGUGCUGAACCCAUGUCCCCAGGGCCGAAGGACAUCCUGGGCUCCAGCAGUUGCUCAGGAUGUGGCCGGGACAUUAAGAAUGGACAGGCACUGCUGGCGCUGGACAGACAGUGGCAUCUGGGCUGCUUUAAGUGUAAGGCUUGUGGAAAAGUGCUGACCGGGGAGUACAUCAGCAAGGAUGGCGCCCCCUACUGUGAGAAGGACUACCAGAUCCAUUUUGGAGUUCAGUGUGAGGCGUGUCAUCAGUUCAUUACAGGGAAGGUGUUAGAGGCAGGAGAUAAACAUUACCAUCCCAGCUGUGCGAGAUGCAGCAGGUGCAACCAGAUGUUCACAGAGGGAGAAGAGAUGUAUCUGCAAGGCUCAACCGUGUGGCAUCCUGGCUGCAAGAACACCACCAGAACAGAGGAGAGACACAGGGAGCGGCCUACGAGGUCAUCAUCUGAAAGCAUUUGUUCCAGACCAGGUUCAAGCAUACCUGGCUCCCCAGGUCACACCAUCUAUGCAAAAGUAGACAAUGAGAUUCUUGACUACAGAGAUCUAGCUGCCAUUCCAAAAGUCAAAGCCAUUUAUGACAUUGAACGUCCCGAUCUUAUUACAUAUGAACCGAUGUACACAACCUCCCUGGAUGAAAAAGAGGAGAGGAGAGAGUGUAUAGGAGAGCUCCACUCCGCCAGAAGGGAGCGUUCCCCGAUGCCUGAUGAUAAGCCCUCACGAAACAUGUCGCCGACCCCGUCAGCUGAGGGUUUUUACGACAGGAGGGACCGCAUUCUCCAAAGAUCCACCAGUCAGGGCUCCAUAGGGUCCCCGGUUUAUAAUCGCCAUGGUUACACUCCAACCCUAUCACGGUCACCGCAGCAUUUUCACAGACCUGAAGCUCUGACAGGCAUGCAGAAGCUCUGCUCCUCCCUGUGCAGUAACAGUGUGGGCUCCAGAAAUAGUGAUUCUCGCCCCACCUCCCCUUUCAGACACCACUUCCUCCCCCAUAGCCAAGGCCCUGACCCACCGAGUGGCCGGAGUUCCCCUCUGCCGCUCAGGCCUGACGGCCGGCCAGUCACCCCGCCUCUCUCUCAGACCCCUAAACAUUUCCACGUCCCAGAUCAGGGGAGCAACAUCUACAGAAAACCACCCAUCUACAAACUUCACGAUUUGGCUGCUGUAGCUCAUCAAAGCAAGUCUGGUGAGGACAUCAUCAGAUCGGCCACCUUCCCUGCUGCCCAUGCUCCCUCCCUGGAUGACAGCUCCCUGAGUGAGGGCGACUGUUGGCCCCACUCUCUCGCUGUUUUAGGUUCAGAAGGCAGGAGGAAAUCUAGAGAAGAGGAGGAGGAAGAAGCUUUGAAAAGAAAGCAAAUUCAAGAAGAACAUCUUAGUAAGAUUCAGUCUGGUUUGGGUAAGCUCAUUCUGAAAGAGGAGAUGGAGAAGGAGCAGAUCAGGGAGCGGCACGCACGCAGCCUCUCUGCUCAACGAUACGAACCCAAAAUGAACAACUGUGAUGCAGAUCCAACAUCUCCAACCAAGACCAACUCUCUGCCUGGUUAUGGACGGAAUGGUUUGCAUCGGCCUCAGUCUACAGAUUUCACACAGUACAACAGCUAUGGAGACAUGUGUGGUAGUGGAAGAGAGUUUCAGCACAUUAAGGAGGGCCGUGCAGCACUUGCAAGGAUGGACAGGGGAGUAUCUAUGCCUAAUAUGUUGGAACCGAAAGUGUAUCCCUAUGAAUUGCUCAUGAUAACCAGUAGAGGGAGAGCUAAACUGCCAAGGGAUGUGGACAGAACCAGACUGGAGCGCCACUUAGCACCCGAAACGUUCUUUGAGAUCUUUGGAAUGGAGAUCCAGGAGUUUGACAGGCUUCCACUGUGGAAACGUAACGACAUGAAAAAGAAGGCCAAGCUCUUUUAGCUGCUUUAUUUUUUUCUUUCCUAAUUUAUUAGCAUGCAUUACUCUGUACAUACAACCAGAUAGCCCACAGUUGUAAUUUAGAUAUAGGGUUCUUGGUUAUUUUCUUUUUCUUUUCUUCAUACUGCUUGGCGCCACAAAAUGAACUGAUGUCGAGAUGAUGGACUUUUAACCCUGAAUGGAAAGUUUUUCCAUGUUCAAAAAUGACAAAGAAUGAUGAAAAGGGUCCAUUUUGUUUUGCUUCAAUUGCACUUAUUUUACCUCCUGCUUUGCUUCAAGUGAAAAUCCUUCCUUAACGUUACUGCUCGUUUUUCCUUAUAUUUUGCUGUUGAUUCCUGUGGAACUAUGUAAUCACAGUACACCAUCAAUGCACCAUCACAAAAAUCUCCUUGACUGUAGCUCGAAUGUGUCAGCUUUUUUCUUAUGCUUGGGCUGAAGCCGUUUUAGUCCAAAGUUUUCAAGAAUCGGCUCAGUGAGUCUUUUGAAAAUACACUAAGAUGAGAGAAACCUGUGUGAAAACCGUUGGUAGCAACUGUUCGACUGGAUCUACACUGAAAUGAAUCCUCCAAGAAACAUAUCACCAGUCUUCUUCCCUCCCCUGGCUGUUAUGCACAGAAAAUGUUUAUCUGCAUAGACAAAUAUGUCUCUUUUCUCAGGCUGUCGUAAACAAAGUUAGACUUUUUUCCCUUUACUGAUAUUGGAAAUACAAAUACUAUAUUUUAAGGCUGUUUCCGAGAUAGAAAAAAAAAAAACAUUCAAAUAGAUUCAACCCCCUAUUUCAAGAAGCAACUGUAUUUGAAAGUAUUGUUUUAUAAUUAGAAAAUAAAAACACUGCCAUUUGUUGUAUUGAAAUCAAAGCCAAUAAAGCUUUAAAUUGCCGUGAACCAAUCUACAUUGACAGAGUCACUAUCAGCCUCUUACCUGCUCAGCAUUUUCUGAUCCCACUUGAUGGGGAUGAUUGGGUGGAAAGUGAUCUUAGGACUAAAUUCAAAUUUUUUUUUUAUGUUAGAAGUCUUCAUUUAACUUUGUUGUGUUACAUGAUGUAAGGCAAUCAGGCAAUUGUG